CUGCAGCUUAUCCAUGAUAAAGAAAGAGGCAACAACAUCGUGCGAAGAAAGCUUAAGUAGCCCAGGCAUCUCAUCUCCCACCACUCAAGCUCAAGAUUCUUUCCAAGAACAUAUACUUAGGAGACCUAAGCUCUUGGAAGCUCCAGCCUUUAUCUCUUCACCUUGAACUCUCCUUUCUCAAGAUACUGUUCUUUGCCUUCUAGAUCUUGGCCACAUCGGGAUCCAAGCACCUUGUUUACCAGCCACGAAGAGGAAGAUCAAGAUGCAGAAAAGAAACAUUCGCCUUAAGUAUUGCUUACUGUUGCAUGUCCUACUAUUACAACAUGGCAUAACCUCCAGUAAUAGUAGUACAACUGUCAACAAUGAAUCCAGCCCAACUUCCAGUGAACCCACUACAACCACCACUGGAUCCAGUGCAACCUCCAGUGAGACUAGUAUAGCCUCGAACACUGCAUCCAGCACGACCCAUGGUAGUCCUAGCACAGCCACUAAUGCUGGAUCUCAAGAGACCUUCAGUGGAUCCAGCUCAGCCUCCAGUACUGAAUCCAGCAUGACCUCUGGAGGGUCCAGCACAACCUCCAGUACUGAAUCCAGCGUGACCUCUGGAGGGUCCAGCACAACCUCCAGUACUGGAUCCAGCAUGACCUCUGGAGGAUCCAGCACAACCUCUGACAAUGGAUCUAGCAUGACCUCUGGAGGGUCCAGCACAACCUCCAGUACUGGAUCUAGCAUGAUCUCUGGAGGGUCCAGCACAACCUCCAGUACUGAAUCCAGUGUGACCUCUGGAGGGUCCAGCACAACUUCUGACACUGGAUCCAGUGUGACCUCUGGAGGGGCCAGCACAGCCUCUGACACUGGAUCCAGCGUGACCUCUGGAGGGGCCAGCACAACCCCCAGUACUGGAUCCAGCAUGACCUCUGGAGGGGCCAGCACAACUUCCAGUACUGAAUCCAGCGUGACCUCUGGAGGGUCCAGCACAACCUCCAGUACUGAAUCCAGUGUGACCUCUGGAGGGUCCAGCACAACCUCCAGUACUGGAUCCAGUGUGACCUCUGGAGGGGCCAGCACAGCCUCUGACACUGGAUCCAGCGUGACCUCUGGAGGGGCCAGCACAACCCCCAGUACUGGAUCCAGUGUGACUUCUGGAAGAGCCAGCACAACCUCCAGUACUGAAUCCAGUGUGACCUCUGGAGGGGCCAGCACAGCCUCUGACACUGGAUCCAGCGUGACCUCUGGAGGGGCCAGCACAACCCCCAGUACUGGAUCCAGUGUGACUUCUGGAAGAGCCAGCACAACCUCCAGUACUGGAUCCAGUGUGACCUCUGGAGGGUCCAGCACAGCCUCUGACACCGGAUCCAGCAUGAACUCUGGAGGGGCCAGCACAACCUCCAGUAUUGGAUCCAGCGUGACCUCUGGAGGGUCCAGCACAACCUCCAGUACUGAAUCCAGUGUGACCUCUGGAGGGUCCAGCACAACCUCCAGUACUGGAUCCAGUGUGACCUCUGGAGGGGCCAGCACCACCUCUGACACUGGAUUCAGCGUGACCUCUGGAGGGGCCAGCACAACCUCCAGUAUUGGAUCCAGCGUGACCUCUGGAGGGUCCAGCACAACCUCCAGUACUGGAUCCAGUGUGACCUCUGGAGGGUCCAGCACAACCUCCAGUACUGGAUCCAGCAUGAACUCUGGAGGGGCCAGCACAACCUCUAGUACCGGAUCCAGUGUGACCUCUGGAAGGGCCAGCACAACCUCCAGUACUGGAUCCAGUGUGACCUCUGGAGGGGCCAGCACAUCCUCCAAAACUGGAUCCAGUGCAAUCACAGGAGGCUCUGAUACACCUUUUCCAACUGGAACACACACAACGUCUAACAAAAGUAACACAAGUGCUGCAACUCCAGUGGAGGAAGUGAAGCCCACUGGGUCCCUGAAGCCAUGGGAAAUCUUCCUCAUCACUCUGGUCUCAGUUGUAGUGGUCGUGGGAUUCUUUGUUGGGCUCUUCUUCUGCGUGAGAAACUCCCUGUCCAUGAGAAGUGUCCUUGACACAGCUGUCUACCGCCCCCAUGGCCCCAACCUCGGCUGGGGCCCUGGAGGGAAUCACGGAGCCCAUCACAGGCCUAGGUGGAGCCCUGCCAGGCCCUGGAACAGACCCAUAUCCUCAGGAACCAUGGAGAUGAGAGAAAGUCACAGUGGGUUCUGAGUGGCUGCUGAAGCCACGGAGCCACAUUCCUCAGAGAGAAAGCCAGCCUGGGGGACCAGAGAUCUGAGUGUCCUUUCAUUCAUCCCCAGGAGCCCCCUCCCAGCUUCAUUUGGGUCUCUGCCAGGCUUGGGGAAGACACUUCCUCUUUCUCUCUUGCUUUUACUAGAUGUUGGAAAGAGACUCUAUUGGUCUCUAAGCUAAGAAAUAAACACAUGAAAUUAAAUCACA